AUGAGACGGCCGGCAUACUCUUCACCGUCGCUCAAUUUGAGUGCCAUGAAUCGGAAGAUCGACGUCGACAACCGGAUCUCUCUCCGCAAUUACUAUCGGAUCGCCGAUAAUCUCCUCAAACAGGCAAAUAUAUACAGGGAGGAGAAGAACUUAAUAGACUUGUAUGCUAUGCUGCUAAAAUAUUCAAUUUUGGUGUCGGAAACCAUACCUUCCCAUAGAGAUUACCAGACUUUAUGUCCCAGAGAAAGAAGUGUACACAUGAAGAAAGUAUGUGGUGCGCUAGAUGAGCUAGAGACGCUGAAGCCGAAAGUGAGCCGUCAGGUAGAUGAGCUGGAAAAAGUUAACAUCACAAAUCAACUACAGCAGCAUGAUGGACCAAACAAAGUUUCCUAUCCACCCUCUUUGAGUAACAAAUCUACCGUCAUCUACAGUAACAAGCAGAUGUUUCAUCCCAUUACGCCUCCCUCAUCUUCAUUGAAGCAGAUGACUGAAUAUACUAGAUUUUCAUCACCAAGUCCUGUCGAGUCACAAUUUCAGAAGCUAUCUCUUAAUCUACCCCUUCCAAAGCAGGAAACAUUAUCCAGACAUUCAUUUCUCGGACCAAAUGGCCUUCGUGGUCAAUGGCUUGGGCCCAGUGCUGAGGUUAAGGUUAACUAUCCAACGAAUAUUGUUAUGGAUUCAAGUGGUUUUUCAAGUCUGAAUCAGGUUGGCCAAACAGAAUUUGUGACAACAGCAGAUACGAAGGCAGAAAGGUCAACCAUGGAGUCUAUUCUGUCUUUGGAUGAUGGUAGAUGGCUUGAUGAGGAAUCUGGUCUUCUCCAUGCGAAUGGCAUUGAGAACAACAAUUUUCAGCAGGGUAUUAUCAGGCAACCUUCUCCACCUCCCGUUCUGGCUCAAGUGCAGCCAGAGGUACUUCCCCUCUCUCCAUCUAAAGUUGCCGACCCAAGGCCUGGCCCUCCUAAGCUUUCUGAGGACGGGCUGCCUCGUUCAAAUUCUUACCAGGAUCUUCAUAUCCCUGUGAAGAUAAUGGAAGAUUUUCUAAGAUUGGCACGAGAAAAUACUGCAAAGAAUUUAGAAACUUGUGGUGUUCUUGCUGGUUCACUUCGGAAUAGAGUAUUUCAUAUUACCACGCUCAUUAUACCAAAGCAGGAGUCUACUUCAGAUUCGUGUCAAACGUUGAAUGAGGAGGAAAUUUUCGAUGUUCAAGAUAAGCGUUCUCUUUUUCCUCUUGGAUGGAUUCAUACACACCCUACACAAACUUGUUUCAUGUCAUCCGUUGAUCUGCACACUCACUACUCAUACCAGGUCAUGUUGCCAGAAGCAAUAGCAAUUGUCAUGGCUCCUACUGAUACAUCAAGUCCUCAUGGCAUAUUCCACCUUUCUGAUCCCGGGGGCGUUUCUGUCAUUCGACACUGUCAACAGCGAGGUUUUCAUCCUCACGAAGAGCCUGAGGAUGGGACUCCCAUUUACGAGCAUUGUUCGCAUGUUUAUAUGAAUUCUAAUCUCAAGUUUGACGUGGUUGAUCUUCGGUGA